AUGCUGCCGCAGAUAGCAGCAACCCGGCAGGUGCUGAACGCCACGCGGCUGUCUCCUGUCCCCCCGGUGUCUCCUCCGCUGUAUCGAGUGUCUUUGUGGGGUGUCUUGGCGGAGACACUGCUGCCGCACAUUACUCGCCUCGUGCUGCAGCAGCACACACGGCAGGUGCUGAACGCCACGCGGCUGUCUCCUGUCCCCCCGGUGUCUCCUCCGCUGUAUCGUGUGUCUUUGUGGGGUGUCUUGGCGGAGACACUGCUGCCGCACAUUACUCGCCUCGUGCUGCAGCAGCAGCUGCUGCUGCUGCAUGCAUGUCUUUGGCCAGAAGAAACACCAACAGAGACCAGCAGCAGAGGCUGCAGCAGCCCCAGCAGCAAGAACUGCAGCAGCAAGAACUGCAGCAGCAACAGCAGCAGCAACAGCAGCAGCAACAGCACGACUCCUGAAGCGCCCAUGCAGCCGCCGCACUCUCAACAGCAGCAGCAGCAGCAGCAGCAACAGCAGCAGCAGCAGCAGCAGCAGCAGCAGCAGCAGCAGUCUCUUGCGGAUGUUGUUUCCUCCGUGUCUCCUCCUGCUGUGUCUCAGGCAGCAGCAAAAGCAGCACUAACAGCAGCAACUGCAGCAGCAACAGCAGUAGCAGCAGCACUGGCGCCAAUGCAGCCGCCGCACUCUCAACAGCAGCAGCAGCAGCAGCAGCAGAAACAGCAGCAGCAGCAGCAGCAGCAGUCUCUUGCGGAUGUUGUUUCCUCCGUGUCUCCUCCUGCUGUAUCUCAGGCAGCAGCAAAAGCAGCACUAACAGCAGCAACUGCAGCAGCAACAGCAGUAGCAGCAGCACUGGGGAGACACCUCUGGAUACCCCCGCCGCAGCCGCUGCUGCUGCAGUCCCUGCUGGGCCUCUCCACCCACCGCAAGGUAAAUGCAAGCCAGGCCUGGCGACCAGCAGCAGCAGCAGCAGCAACAGCAGCAGCAGCAGCAGCAGCGGACGGGUUGUGGCAAGAAGCCUCAGUAGUUCCACCAGAAACAGCAACUGCUGCUUCUGCUGCUGCUGCUCCUGUUGUCGCUGUUCCCGUUGCUGCUGCUGCUCAGGCAUGCGCUGCUGCUACAUUAUAG